GGCUCGAACGACGAUUAGAUACUAGGAGAGGCACAGAGUAGUGGCAAAGUAAUAGAAGAGGAAGAAGAAGAAGACGAAGAGACUUAGAAGUGGCUGGCCAGAAAUAACUAAUAAGACAUUCACUCUGAAUCGGGCGGCCAUCCGGCCCGGACGAACGCGCUGAAAGCAGCGCCGGAUUUUGGUGGUGACAAAGUGCAAGAACAUCGGGGCCCUAUAGAGAGGGCCCCCAACGAGGAGAGUCCGCCGUAAGGCGGGUUAAAGAGAGGAGGAUAUGGAGCAGUUCGAGCAACUGCUGACCUGUGCGAUCUGCUUGGAUCGCUAUCGAAAUCCAAAGCUCCUGCCAUGUCAGCACAGCUUUUGCAUGGAGCCGUGCAUGGACGGCCUGGUCGACUACGUACGUCGUCAGGUCAAGUGUCCGGAAUGCCGUGCAGAACAUCGUAUACCCUAUCAGGGUGUCCAGGCAUUUCCAACGAAUGUGACGCUACAACGAUUUUUGGAAUUGCACAUCGAGAUCACCGGGGAAUUGCCCGAUCCUACCAGCGGUCAAACUAUGGAAAGAUGUGGCGUCUGUUCUGAGAAAAGUUAUUGCUCUCUGUGCGUGCAUUGCGACAAGAAAUGCUGCCCCGAGUGCAAGGAUGCACAUAUGGAUAUCCUGAGGCGGGAGAUAACGCGUAUCAAUUCACAGGUACGAAGGGGUCUACAUCGUCUACAGGAUGCUCUGGCUCUAGUAGAAAAAAACACCCUGGGCCUUCAGACCAACUGUGCAUCUGUAUCGGAAGAGGUAGACGAGAUCUAUAGAAGACUCAGUAAGGCCCUGAAGGACAGGACCGAGUAUCUCCGGAACGAGGUCGACCGGUACCUGGGAACGGAAUUGAGGGGCCUGAUCCAGUUGAAAGAAAACUUGGAACUGGAAAUUGCAAAUAUCCAAAGCAAUUGUGAUCUAGCCGAGGCGCACAUUAACGAGAAUGUAUCCUGGGACGAUGCGGAACUUCUUGACACAAAGGAACUCUUUCUACGUACCGUGGAGUUCAUUAGGAAUUUCGAGUACGAAGCUGGAGACUACAACCGUCGGGUACGUUUCGUAAUGGCACACGAUCCAAACCAGUUGGUACUUCACGUAGCAGGAUACGGAGAACUCAAUAUAAAACCGGAAACUGGAACCGGAGGUCUGCUGGGCAGCACGGGAGGUCUUGCUCCUCCAGGAGGUCCACCGGCGCUCAUGAGGAGCAAGAGCGACCAUCGUCUUGCGUCUCAGUAUCGUCAACAAGAAGAGGAACGUCUGGCGAGGAACCGAUACGUGCCCGAUUACGAGUACGACGCACCAGAGUAUGACGCGCCAAGGAACAAGUCGAAAUAUCGAAGCCGAUUCAUGCGGCAUCGAGACGGCGAAGAUUCCGACGGCGAUUCUAGGUCCACGGUGCGAUUCACCUCGACGGCCCAGGAACAGGCAGCUCUUCGGGAACGAGUGCUGGACACUGAGGAUGCUGCGCGUGGACCACUCUCGGGAAUAUUCCGUUUGACGGAUUCGCCAAGGGUCAUGAAAAAGUUGCAGGAAUGCGAAAGGGCUGGAAAGCGAAAGAAGGAGGAACCAGCACAGCCCCAACAGCCGCAGCCCCCAAAACCGCAGGUCCAGGUGAGAAAGACCCCAGCAGCCACAGCCAGACAAGUCAGCGAGGACGACGAGAUCUCGCGAAUCAAGAAACAGAACAAGAACGCGCCUUCGUCCUCGGAAACCGUAGAAGAGAGACCAGCGCCAACUCCGGUGCCAGCUCACGCAACACCCGUCAGAGAACUGCCGGAACGGGAACCAGAGGAACCACCCCGGAGAACAUCAGUCGCUAGCAGAAGAACCUCAACGGAAGCUCAUGCUCCAGCAACCAGAAGUGCAUCUUCGGAAUCCAGCACGGGUUCCGAAAGUUCUACGGGAUCAGGAAUCCGUAGCACCGGUGCGCCAUUUACUGCCGAAGAAAUGAAGCAGAAAUAUUUGUCCAGGGCCCCACCUACGAACACGACGACAACCCUGUCAUCCGCACCAGGUGUCACUUCCGGCGCAAGGGACUCCUCAUCCAGCGCUACCAGCCCCCGACCUUUCCAGAGCCGUUUUUUAGGCGGAGGUAACCGAGCUGCCCCGCCGCCACCACCACCCGUGGCAGCAAGGGAGGAGCCGGCCAAGAAGAAGGAAGAAGAGGAGGAUGACGACGAAGAGACCAGUAGCUCCUCCGAGGAAACCGAAUCGGAAACGGAAGAGGAAUCAGAGACCGACGCCCAUCCUGCUGCUACACCUUCGACGCCGACGUCGGCGACGCAGGACCGGCAGAAGACCGAAUCCGCGAUGGCGCGUACGGACAUCGGUCCUCUUCUGGCUCGUAGUGCAGAAGCCAGACGUGGAAGCAAAGAGGAUUCACCUUCCACGAGGUAUUCGACGCCGAGAGGAAGUCCCGCUCAAUCUGUAACUUCCCCGACAACUAUGACGUCAUCCUCGACGGCGCCCAGCGGUUAUACCAGCAGGAUCGGUAACGACGAAACCGAUGAAACUUCGAAAAGCGUUAGUGUCGAGGAUAACGAUAUCGCGGCUAACGAUAACGAUAACGAGAUCGAUGAGAGUUUAAGAAUUUCGGAAGGUAAUAGGUACCGAUCGGACGAUGAUAAUUCGAGCAGUUCGGAAAGCGAAGAGAAUUCAGUUGUUAGCGGCGAGACUCUCGAGAGUAGCGAUAACGAUCUAGCGGCCAUAGCGAGUGAUAUCGAGAGCAGCGAUAACCGCACUAAGCUCCAUACGGAUGAGGAGGAUCAGAUUCAUCAGGAUAAUCAUCAGGACGAUAACGUAAUGUCUCUUAGCGAAAAUAGUAAGGAACCUACUACGAAUUAUACCACGGAAAGGAAUGACGAUCUCGCUGAGACGAGUGAUAACUUCCGGAAUAAUGAUAACGAUACUGUUUUAAUAAGUAACGACAAGAAUCGUGAAGAGCAUCAAAGUAUCACGGAGAAUCGUGAGACUGAGGACUCGUCGAGCGACGAGGAGUCCGAGGACGACGAUAGCUCCGUUCCUACCGUAAUGGAAAAUAUUGAGUCAAAAAUGAAUCGUAGUAGCGUCGAGGAAGUCGGUGACGUAGAUCCGGAUGGUCUUCCUGAUGGUUUCGGUGAUAACGUAAAGACUGUGGAAAAUUUAUUCGACGAUAACGGAUGGGUUGUAUCCGAGGAAGAUUCCGAUAAAAUUCCUCCUGGUCGGAGAAGCUCUUCGAGGAUGGACAGUUGGCCGGUGGAGGAGAAUGAUCAGUCGAGGAAGGAUCAGUCCCGGAAAUCGACGAAUGAUGAUGACUCGGAGACGGAUGAAUCCUUGGAAAAGGAUUCGGAGGAUAACGAUGCGUCCAGCCAAAGUAUAAAGACCAAUUCGAAGGACGAUCCCGUGAAUAAUUCCGAAAGCUCCGAAUUUUCCACAAGGCGUAAUUCGUACGCAGAAGGUAGUAUCGGUAAUAACGGUUGGGUAGUGUCUGACGUGUCCGAUAACUCUGAUAACGAAUCCGAGAAAGGAACGAACGGUACGAAGAUGGGUACUACGGAUGAGAAUGAUAACCUGGAGACAAACGAGAGUAAAUCUAUGAACGAACGGCAGAAGGUCGAGGGGUACCGUGUGGGAUCGAAUUUGAGUCUUGAUGAAGAACCGGAAGUGCCGGACACGAGGAGUUUGGACGAAAGAGAAAUGAACGAAACGGAAAGUGAUCUGGACGAUGAUAACAGGGCUAAUGACGAAGACGUGAAAGAGAACGCGGAGGAUGGUAGGCGAGAAUCGGCAAAGCUGAAUAAACUAGAGAAUGGUAACGCGAUAGCUGAUAACAGAAAUAACGAGAGGAAGGUCAACGAUAACGGCGAAACGGCUGAACUCGAUAGCAAUGUACCAAUGCAAAUGGUAACCACCGUCUUCUGUGUGUCCGUACUGUGUUACAGCGUUCUCAUUAAUCUCUUCAUGUGAUUUUAAAAAGAUUUCUUUUUUUUUUUUGUCGCGUCGAUUAAUCAACAUCCCUUCCCUUUGACCGCCCAUCGUCAGCUAUAAAUAUAUAACCAAUGAUAAACGACAAUCGACAAGAGCGACCCUGGCGGAUGGGAGCUUAAACUUCCAUUUUUUUCUUUUCUUAUUCUUCUUCGUCGUCACUUUUUUUUAUUCCUUUGAGCACACUCAAUUUUCUUUAAUCCUCUCGUGCCAAUGAGACUAGUUGAUCUCGCGUGAUAAAAGUUUAAAGGUCAAGAGGAACCUCGUGCCCUGUUGGUAGGCGUUGUCUGCAUUUUAUUCUUUUUAUUUUUUUAAGUAUUCUGACAUUGUGAUAAAUCUACGUGUACAAUCGUCAUUGUGCGAUACGUUCCUAUCGGCUUAAAUCCUUAAAGUAAUUUUAUAGAAUAUUUCGUAACGUCUAUACGACAUACUGUAUACUAUAUAUAUAUAUAUAUAUAAGCCUCGCUCAAAAGCAUUGCUGGCUUUUCUUAGAGUCUCUCGCGAGUUGGACAGGAAAGAUAGAGAGCAAAAAAGAAAGAUAAAGGAUAAUUCAUUGAAAGAAACGAAUAAGAAUAACGCGAACGCGGAGAUUCAAUCUUUGUUGUCCCUUGCUUUCGCAUAUCGUUUCUUCGCUACUUCAAUUUCUCUUGCUUUUGCACGUCGCAGUAAGUCGAGCGCCCAGAGAGUCGUAGAGAUCGUUGAUCGCCGCGCAUUUAUCAUUUAAGUUUUUGUACUUUUCCUAGAUCCUAGAUCCUAGAUAAAGAGAAAUAAUAGGCUUGGCGACAGUUUGUUGGGUGUGGUGAAUAAACUGCAUUGUUGUGA